UUUCUUUUUUUUUUUUUUUUUUUUUUUCCCUUCUUCCUCCUUUCAAACUUUCUUUUACGCUUAAUAAUUGUUAUUACCAUUUACAACCAAACCCAUUCCAAAGUUAAAAAGGGGAAGUAGAUCAGAUCUUUCAUUUAUUCAAACCAUAAUCAUAGCAUAACAUCAUACAUUUCAUAUAGCCAUUUACUAUUUUUUAAAAUUUGAGAAAAAACCAAACCAAAUCAAUCAAUCAUAUUCAUAGAUGGCUGCUUCAUUUUUAACCUCAUCUAUUAAUAACAAUAAUAAUACGAAUAGUAAUACUUCUACAACAAAUCCUUUAGUUGAUAGAUAUCUUUCUAAUCCAUUAACUUUCAAACAAGCGAAAAUCAUGGAUAACUCAAGUUCUACCAAUGAUUUGAUUCUGAAAUCAUCAAAUUAUAUCAUCUUAUCUCGUAAACAUUCUAAACGAAGAUCUCCUUCAUCUUCAAAUUCAUCAUCAUCUAUCAUUAAUGGAAAUAUAUCUCCCUCCAAUAUUAUAUCAUCUCCAUCAAGAAUAAAACCAAAAUCAAUGGCAGAAGCAGUGGCUGCUUAUACGGGAAAGAAAUUCUUAACUAAAAAUGAAAAGAAAAAACAACAAUUACAAUCAAAAAAGAGAAAAUUAGAUUUAGUUGAUCUGGAUGAUGAACAAGAACAAGAAGAACAACAACAAGAAGAAGUUGUAAAUCAAGUUCAAGUUCAACAGGAUCAAGAUGAAGUCACUUCAACUAUUUCAACCGCUUCAAGUUAUUUAAAGAAUAUCUUUAGUUCAUUAAGUGGAAAUAGUACUACAAAUAAUAAAAAUGUCAAAAGACAAAAGAUUCAAUUGACUCCUAUAGAGACUGAUGACGAAGAUGAAGAUGAAGAUGAUGAUGAUGAAGAGGAUUUAGGAGAAUAUAUCCCUGAAGAUGGAGAAUCAACCCCAACUAAUGUUACUGAUGAUGCAUCUCCUUUUAAUGGGUUUAGUGAACCAGAAUCAAAAGGUGCAACUCCAACCCCUCAAGAUGAUGAUGACGAAGAGGAAGAUGAAGAUGAAGACGACGAUGAUGAAGAUGAAGACGACGAUGAUGAAGAUUUUGAAAUCGAUCAAGAUGAAGAACAAAUCACUAAUCUCAAUCAAUCCAGUUCUGCAUCAUCUUCAAGUCCAGAUCCUGAAGAAGAUGACAAUGAAGAUUUAGGUGAAGAAGUAGUUGAUGAAGAUGAAGAUGUUGAACAAUUAAAACACGAUUUAAAAGAAGAUGCAUAUAAAGCGUUAGAAGAAGAAAGCAUAAAAACAAAACUUGAAGAUGAAGAAGAGGAAGAAGAAGAAGAAGAUGAUGAUUCUGAUAAACCAAAUACUGAAAAAUCAACUCCACCAACCUCACCUGAAGAUGAAUUAGAAAAAGUUAUCACCACUCAAGCAUCAACUCCAAAACAAUCACUCAUACCUAAGAAUUUAGAAUUACAAACUAUAAAAGAACAUUUUUAUAUGAUUAAUGAAAAUUCAAAUGAUAAAGGUUCAAAUGAUUCUACUAGAAUUUAUAAAAAUUGGAAGAAUUUAACUAAAAAGAAACCAAUUGGAUUAAUCAAUCAUGGUGUUACUUGUUAUAUGAAUUCUGCCAUUCAAGCCAUGAUCCAUAUCCCUGCCAUUCAACAUUAUCUUACUGAUGUUAAUACUGGCAAAUAUAAUAAAAUCCUUAAACCAAGAUCGGUUACUCAUGUUUUAGCUGAUUUAAGUAGAAAAAUGUGGAAUUUAGAUGGAGGCAAUCAAAAAUUAUCGAAAUUUAUUAAUCCAAAGAAACUUAUUGGUAGAUUGGAUGAAAUUAAUUGUAUGAUGAGUCAAUGGCAACAAGAAGAUAGUCAUGAAUAUUUCAUGUCAUUAAUGUCAAGAUUACAAGAAGAUUCAACUCCAAAGGGGAAAAAAUUAAAUGAAAGUAUUAUUUAUGAUAUCUUUGGGGGAUUAUUAAGACAAAAAAUUACCUGUAAUUCAUGUAAUAAUGUUUCCAUUACCAAACAAGAAUUUUAUGAUUUGUCCUUAGGAUUGAAUAAACGUAAACAACAACAAUUAUUACCAUCCAACAACUCCUCCAUUAAUGAACCAUACAUUCCAUCUUCAAAUAAAUAUAGUAUUGGUAAAUCGAUUAGAGAUUUCUUUUCUAAUGAAUUAAUCAAAGUUGAUAAAAAUGAUUUAAAAAAUAGUGGUUAUUAUUGUGAGAAUUGUAAGAAAAGAACCAUGGCCAAUAAAAUCUCCUUCAUUGAAAGAUCACCUGAAACUUUAACUAUUCAUCUUAAACGAUUUAAAUUCAAUGGUAAUUCAUCAUCUAAAGUCAAACAAUCAAUCAAUUAUAGUAAAUUUCUUGAUUUAAGUAAAUAUUGUCUUAAUGAAGAUGUAGAUGACGAUGAAGAAGAAGAGGAACAACCACAAGCAAUGUAUCAAUUAUUAUCGGUAUUGGUACAUGAAGGUAGAUCCAUCUCUAGUGGUCAUUAUAUUGCUCAUUGUUUACAACCAGAUGGAAGUUGGGGUUCAUAUGAUGAUGAAUAUAUAAAUAAAAUCGAUGAAAGAAUGGCAUUAAAUGAUCCAUCAGCUUAUGUUUUGAUAUAUACCAAAUUAACCCCCAAGAAGAAUUAAGGGGCAAUCGGCGAGUACAUACAUAUAGAGUUUUUAUAGAAGUAACGAAAACAUCAUCAGUGUGUAUAUUCAAAAUAUAUAAUAUUGUAAAAAAUAUUAAAAAAGAAAAUUAGUAAAUUAAACGCAAAUUAAGCAAGAGACUAAAAACAAUAUAUUGACCUAAAUAAUGAUUAAGAGACCCGGAAGGGUUGAAUAUAGAGAAACAUAUAUAAGAGUAAAUGAUAUAAUGAUAAAUAAUCAAUAUAAAAAAAG